AUGCGGGGCUCUCCCUGCCUUCCAUGGCUCCUGGUACUCAGCAUCUCCUUGGUUCUGGGGGCGCAGCCCUUGCCCCCCCAAGAUUUGGAGGAAGAGGAUGACGAAGAGGAGGCAUCUCGGUCGCCUGCCACCCGCUGUGACUAUGACCCCUGUCGCCAUCUGCAGGUGCCCUGCAAGGAGCUCCAGAGGGCGGGCCCCACCGCCUGCCUGUGCCCGGGGCUGUCCAGCCCGGCCUUGCCCCCCCACCCCCCGCGUCUGGGGGAGGUGCAGGUGAUGGCCCAGGAAAGCAACGCAGUGGUGCACUGGUGCGCCCCCUUUUCCCCAGUCGACCAGUACUGGCUCCUGCUCUGGCCCGGCGGCAAGGGGACACCCCAGAGGGGCCCCCCUCUCAACUCCACCUUCCGCAGAGCAGAACUGAGGAAACUGACCCCCGGGGGUGCUUAUGUGGUGUGCGUGGUGGCGGUUAACGGGGCUGGAGAGAGUGGGUUGCCCGGGGGGGCCGGCCCUGCCUUCGGGCCCUGUGGAUACUUCACCAUGCCGCCCCGGCCCCAGACGCUGGUGAACGCUGCCAUCGGGGUGGGCACCGCCCUGGCCCUGCUCAGCUGCUCUGCCCUCGUGUGGCACUUCUGCCUGCGGGAUCGCUGGGGCUGUCCCCGCCGUGCCCGCCGGGCUGCCCCAAAUCCGCCCGAGCUCUGA